AUGGUCCUGACAGAGCAGACUAUGCUCGUGUAUCUGCUUUCUGGCCUUUAUCGCAUUGCUGGUGAUCAAUUCGACAAUCUCUUUGGGCUUCAUGUCUUAGCAGAUAGCCCGUCCAUAUGGGACGAUUGUUACCAAUCCUUCAUACGCGAGGUCCAUCCUAUUUCUAUGCACUCGCACAACGACUAUUCGCAACGUAUACCCCUUUUCGCGGCCUUGGGCUCGCGAUGCAUCAGCGUCGAAGCCGAUGUACACCUUCGCAAUUCUGACCUUCUCGUUGGUCAUAGGUCUUUACAUCUCCACCCUAGCCGAAACUUGAGGACGAUGUACCUGGACCCCUUGGAACGCAUGCUAAGAGCUCGGAACACCAACACAACCAUCGACAACUGGCAAGGAACCUACCGUCAUGCUAGCAACCAAACUGUUGUGCUUCUUAUUGACCACAAAACCAAGGGAGAAGAUACAUAUGCUAUGUUAUCUACACAAUUGCAGCCUUUGCGUGAUCUUGGCUAUCUUACACAUCGGAAUGGCUCCGCGAGAAUUUCGCGGCCCUUGACGAUUGUCGCAACUGGCAACGCCCCUUUCUACAAUGAUGACAACUAUCGAGAUAUAUUCUUCGAUGCUGAUCUUAGUCGACUGGAUUUGGUACACGACGCAGCGGAUCACUAUCUUUACAACAUCUCAAACUCAUACUAUGCAUCUACAAGAUGGAGCAAAGCGUUGUCGCGAGACGCAAGAAUCUCGCAGAGUGAGAUCGCAUCUCAGAUCGAGUCGGCGAAAGCCAGGGGUCUGCUAGCACGGUAUUGGGAUGCACCAGCACGACCGCCUAACAUGAGAUAUUUUAUUUGGAGAACAUUGAUCGAGAAGAACGUCGGUGUUCUGAACAUGGAUGAUAUGGGAACUGUGAGAGACAGGGCAAUUGGUUGGGGCAGUCUCCGUACCUGA